AUGCAGUUUCUAUACACCUUUAUAACAGUCGCUUCACUAGCAACGACUAUCUUUGCUGAAGGUGUACGACCAUGUGUACAAUUGAUGCUGAAUCAAGAUGGAGAUUCUGGCAAAGAUGGUGGAUGGAACGUGAGUCUUUCCCAAUAUCUCCUGUUCGGUUUCUCUUCUUUCUACCACAUUCUCUAACCCCCGCUAUAUAGUGUGAUAACGGGCUGCUUGAGCGUGGCAAAAGCUGUGAUAGAUAUAUGUGGUCGGAGACAACCCCAAAUUGGGUUGUAAGUAUUUCCUAUGAUUUCAGUGGAUUCAAGAGAACUGUGAUACUGAUAUCUGUUUAGUGCAUUAUGCCGUGA